AUGAUUUGUAAUAGGCGAUUUUCUCCAAGAUUUACUCUCUCCAGAGCAGUGGACGUAGAACCACGGCUAAUAGUUUACAUUCAGUCGAGAUAUAAAUGGAUACAUUCGGAAUGGAUCGUCCUAGCUAUUACGAUCUCUGUUUUAUUUUACACCGCUAGGUCUUCAUUCUUGUCAAAACAGGCACCGGCAUGGCUCCUGUUCCCGAUCAUUCUCAGGGGUUGCGGGGUUCUUCAGCUACAGGCAGAAUCCACCGUAUUGAUACUCCUGGUGCUGUAUACGGUUUUGCACAAGCCUCAUGCCUUCAACUAA